UAAAAGCAUAAGCGAUAUUCUUGAUUUCUGUAAUAAAAUCUAAAGUUGAAUCAUCCCUAGGGAAUGGAUUUUUUCUUCUGCAUUUGGAUGCAUGUCCAGAUAACUGGUUUUGGUGCACAACUGGCUGGAAUAACUUGAACCGUAUUUUCUUCCUCCCGGUGGAUAUGCACACGAUCGUUUAAAGUAACUAAACAUCAGGAACCCUUACUACAUAUUAAGGACUUUAAUAAGAGGAAUUCUGGUAAACUCUAAAUCGGAGAACGCACGAUGAAAUAAAGAUGGCAGCCAUACAAGAAAGGAAUCAAGAUGCAACAGUUUACUGUGGAAACAUCGAUGAUAAGGUGUUGGAGGCACUAUUAUGGGAGUUAUUCUUGCAAGCUGGGCCUGUAGUUAACGUUCACAUGCCGAAAGAUCGAAUCACACAAAAUCAUCAAGGGUAUGGUUUUAUUGAGUUCAUGUCGGAAGAAGAUGCUGAUUAUGCCAUAAAGGUCAUGAAUAUGAUUAAGGUUUUUGGUAAACCAAUCAGAGUAAACAAGGCGUCUGCCCACAACAAAAACUUAGAUGUAGGUGCAAACAUAUUUAUUGGAAAUCUUGAUCCAGACAUUGAUGAAAAACUGUUGUACGACACAUUCAGUGCAUUUGGUGUAAUCUUGCAAACACCAAAGAUCAUGAGAGAUUCUGAUACUGGAAACUCAAAAGGGUUUGCUUUUAUCAACUUUGCAAGUUUUGAAGCAUCCGACGCAGCUAUCGACGCCAUGAAUGGACAGUAUUUAUCCAAUCGACCAAUCAGUGUAUCGUAUUCUUUCAAGAAAGAUGCAAAGGGAGAACGGCAUGGUUCUGCCGCAGAGAGAUUGCUUGCAGCAAGCAAUCCACUCACUCAAACUGAUCGCCCUCAUCAACUGUUUGCUGACGCUCCACGAACUGCGUCCCAUAUGCAUGAUACUACUAAUCGACCUCCACCAGGAAUGCAUAAUGUGCUACCACCUCCAAUUGUACCCCCACCAAUGGGUAUGAUGCCACCGAUGGGAAUGCCCGGUAUGAACCCAGGUCAAAGAAUGCCGCCAAAUUUCCCGCAUGGUAUGCCACCUGGAUUUAUGACACAUCCACCUCAUAUGGGAAUGCCGCCCAUGCCUCCGAUGGGAUUUCCACCCAAUAUGCCGCCACCUGGUUUUAUGCAACCACCGCCCACAUCAAUGCAGCAACAAGAAAACGCACCACCACCGCCAAUGCCACCCACCAGUGAUGGGUCGCAACGUUUACCUCCUCCCGUUCCGCCACCAAUGCCACCAGGACAAAUGAAUUCAGGUGAUGGUCCAAGAGGUCCGCCACCACGCCCACCACCUAACAUGCAAAAUAAUCCGUUUGGUGAACGACUGCCUUGGGGCCCGCCACCACCACAUGGAAUGAUGCGUGGACCCCCGCCACCGCCUGCAAUACGAGAAAACACACCGAGAAUGGGCGGAUUCGAGACAAGAGGCAUGCCACCGCGACCACCAAUUCCACCUCCUCCACCCAUGCAAAGAGCACCACCACCGCUCCAAUAAACGCUAAGAAGCAUUUUGCUGACAUCAAAAAUUAUUUAUAUCAGAAAUUAAAGCACAAACAUGAACGCUUUAAAUGUAUAUACAUUCUUAAGAGCAUUUUCUAGUAAAAAAAAUUGCUUAGCUUGCUGCCUCUGAUGUUUAUAAUUGUGCUUUUUUAUUACAUUUCUUAUAAACUUUGUAUCAGAAAAAUAUGAGAACUUGUA